GAAGAUAAGGAGCUUUCUAGUAGGGAAGAUGCGCGAAACAAACGAGUUUUGUCUAUAAAAUUGCCCGGUUUCUCUUUUCUUCACUUCUCUCUUUGAACCCAGUGUAUACAAAUAACACAUCAACGUCAUCAAUCGCCAUAAUUGCGAAGAAGAUACACUGAAUCAAACUGAUUACAUAGGAUUGCACAUGUUGCUGCGGUGACUUGCACGAUAUUCUUACAAUUCUAUUCGACUGUUUGAAGUGGUGCUUGAUUCAUCUACUAUCACCGAUUAUAGCUUAUAAGGUUUUUAAAUCAUUUUUGCAAUAUGACAUCUUCUGAAAAGAAAAGUGUUCUCUUUGUGUUUGGAAAUGACCUUAAUUCACUAGAUUUUAUGGAGAAUCCUGAAGUAAAAAGUUACAUCAACAAUAAGUUUAUAUCAUGUUAUACAUCUGUGCUAGGUUUGAAAAAGAGAGAUUACCUUGAAUCCUCAUUUGAUUGUAUCUUUGAUAUUUUCAACAAGCAGUGGACAGAUGUGUUCAUAGAAGAAACACUAAAGAUUCUGAAACCUAAAGGCAAAAUGAUUGUUUAUUUACCACCAACAGGACCUUUGCCAGAGGAGCAACUAUAUCUAGUUUCACGUCCUUAUGUAGAAAGAAUGACAACAAUGAGAACAAUAGGUUUUAAACAUGAAAUUAAUCCAAUGUCCUUGGAUAAAAAGAGUGAUGAUUAUAUUGUGCUCAAAUAUUUGACAGAAGUAUAUCAUGUACAAAUAGAGUUUGUUGGCCUGGCAAUAGGAUACAAACCUUUUGAAAUAGGUUCUAGCGUACCCCUGUCAUUAGGGAAGAAAAAACCUAAUGUAUGGAAGUUAGAUGAUCCAGUAGAUGAAGAUUUAAUUGAUGAAGAUAAUCUGUUAGAUGAAUCUGAUCUUAUAAAGCCAGAUGCGUCAUCCUUAAAAGUCUGUGGCACAACAGGAAAAAGAAAAGCAUGUAAAGAUUGUACCUGCGGGCUUGCCGAAGAAUUAAGUGGCAAAACUCCGAAUGAAAGCACCGUUAAAUCUUCUUGUGGAAAUUGUUAUCUCGGAGAUGCGUUCAGAUGUGCCAGUUGUCCGUAUCUUGGGAUGCCUGCCUUCAAGCCAGGGGAAAAAGUAGUUUUGCCUGAAACUCAAUUGACUGAAACAACUUAAACUAUUAUUUUUUAAGAUAUGUCUUAUUUAAAACUAAAAAAAACAAACUAAAAACAAAACUUAAAAAAUAAAUUUAA